AUAGUUUUCAGAGUAGCGAAUGGAAGGGGACGAAGUAUACUGUAUAUGUCGCAGCACAGACAUUUCCCGCUUUAUGAUUGGCUGCGACAAAUGCGACGAGUGGUACCACGGAGACUGCAUAGACGUAUCAGCUGAAGACGCCAAAGUGAUUAAGAAGUACUUCUGCGACAACUGCAGAAAGAAAAACCCUGGACUAAAGAUAAAGUACAAAAGGAAAUAUAGAGAACAAUUUAUGAUCACGCAGCCUCCAAGUGCAAAUACUGGAGGAAGUAGUAGUCAGAAAGUGUCUCCAGUUGAGUCGACAGCCAGUGAUAGUAAAUCCUCCACUACGAGUCCAGUAGCCACGAAGCCUCCCAAAUUAUCAUCUGUUGUCGUCGCCACGAAAGAACAACCGAAAACAGAUAAGACAAGCGAAACUUCAAGUGUAGCGUCGACAAAGGUUUCAUCAGAAAGGAAAAAAGAUAAUUUGAUGUCCGAAAAGUCAACCGCAAAAAACGAUAGUCUGUUAAGUUUUGCAACCACCAAGUUCUCCGAAAAGAAGAGUUCUGACAAAUCUAGUUCGAAAAAUUCUAGUGUUUUGGCAUCGAUCCUCAGUUCAACAUCAAAAGUAGAAAACAACAGUGAAAGUAGAAAAGAAAGAGAAGCAGCAUCAUCAAAAGAGGAAAAGAAAUGGAGUGAGAAGCCAAUGGUCAAGGAGAGAAAAAUAAGACCAGAUGACGCAAUUCUUAAGGACAAGCCUUUCAAACUGGGAAAAUCGGAUGCGGAAAAAAAUUUAGAGAAAUUAUUACAAGCUCAAUUACUGAAAAGCUCUGAAAAGACGAAGGAUGAUAAUUCGAAACAAAAUAGGAAAGGUGAUUCAGAGAAACAAACUUCAUCCUUCGCUGUCAUGAAGAUCGGCAAAGAUGCGAAGAAAAAUUCUGAGGUGUUCAGUAAAAAUGAAUCAUCUGAAGCUGAUGUUAUUUCUGCAGUUGUUGAAAAGAAAAGCAAUGAAAGUGUACGAGAUUCAAAAGAAAAAGAAAAAUCAAGCUCGUCUAAAGGCAACAACGAUGAAGUUGUAAGGAUGGCUGAAUCCAGCUUGGGAUCUGAGAUGACAUCUGAAAAAGUGCAAUUAAAAGAACGGAGUAAAGACACCUUAGAACCGAGUCUCAAUGAUAAUCAUCUGCGUACUAAUCAGGAUGAAAACAUUGAUUACUCCCAUAAAAGGCGGAAAAAGAGAAAGUAUAUGGACGAAGAUGGCCACCAUGGGAGAGGUACUGUGACUAGUAGCCAGUGUCUGGGACCAGGAUGUAUCAAUAGGAGUAGACGCACUUCGAAAUACUGCUCAGAUGAAUGUGGAAUGAAUCUCGCUCGCCAAAGACUUUUGACUCUUCUGCCAGAAAAAAUAUCAGAUUGGCAGAGGAACCCUCCAGUGGCCAACGAGAAAGAUCAACAGGAGUUAGAGAAGAUCAGAGCACAAAAAGCGGCUGUCCUAACCAGAGUGAAGGAACUCGACAUUGAACGACAAGACUUAGAGCGAGAAAUUUCAUCUGCCAGACUUCUCCAACCUUUACCUGAAGACGACCCAGAAUCGGAAGAGUCGGCCACUGGUGAUAUUUUCUGUUUCACAUGCGGAUCUUCAAUAAGUCAGUUCACAGCUCUCAAGCAUAUAGAAAGAUGUUUUGCUAAAAUCGAGACCCAGACAUCUUACGAAUCAAAAUAUGCUUCAAACAUCCCAAUGUUGUUUUGCGAUUUUUACAACACCAGGACUACAAGUUUCUGUAAAAGGUUAAAAAUUAUAUGCCCAGAGCACUCGGCUAAAGACUAUAAAGUCGGCGAAUACGAAGUUUGCGGAUGUCCAUUACCGAAUCCCGGUGAAGCUUUUUACGAUGACAAAUUACCACACGAGUACUGUAGAGUGCUAAAGCGGAAGUGUCUCAAGCAUUAUAAAUGGGAGGUGAUGCGAAUAGCGACUAUUGACGCAGAACGGGUCAAUAAUUUGAUCAAAUAUGACGAGCUUCUGGAAUCUGAGUCAAGAUAUGAAACUAGCUUGAAAACACGAGGAAGUGUAAUGGAUUUGAUUUUAAACACGUGUCAAGCGCAUUGAUAAAUUUUUGAUGGUCAAUUUCGAAAUUUCCAAGCAUGGCGCUAGCUGUUUUUAUUCGACAAAUUCCUCUUCUUAAUAAUCUUUAAAUUCGUAUUAUCGAAACGCUUAAAUUUAGUUUCUCAGUUUGCAAUAUAGUAUUUAGUUAUUGUUCA